UUCCCUUUCCUUUGUGGCCAAUGAGUUCCAGGAAGUAGACGCCGACAACAGCAGCUAGGCGGCUGCUUUUAGUGGACAUAGUGUUUAAAAAGUGCUAAAGGUGCGUUUUUGACACGUUCAGACAUGUCCGCCGAGGAAGCGGCGGAACACCCCGCUUUCCUGAAGCUUCUCUCGGCUCUUUUUUACGCCGGUAGCUCGUUUCUGAUCACCGUGGUGAAUAAAACCGUGCUGACAAGCUUCAGCUUCCCCUCAUACUUAUUUCUGGGAAUUGGACAAAUGGUCACCACUAUCGUUGUCCUUUAUUUGGCCAAGAUGAGUAAAACUGUGAAGUUUCAAGACUUUGACAGGAGCGUUUUCUUAAAGAUUUUCCCGCUACCUUUGCUGAAUGUUGGGAACCAUGUAACAGGACUGGCCAGCACCCAAAAACUCAGUUUGCCCAUGUUUACAGUCUUAAGGAAAUUCACAAUACUGAUGACAAUGAUUUUGGAAGCAUAUAUACUAAGGAAAACGUUUCCACGGCGUAUUGUUUACAGUGUUGUGGCUAUAGUCUUUGGUGCCAUAGUGGCUGCAAGCUCUGAUUUGGCCUUUGAUGUGGAGGGCUACACCUUCAUUCUGCUCAAUGAUGCCUUCACUGCAGCCACCGGUGUUUACACAAAGAAAAAACUUGGAGAUCAGGAACUUGGAAAAUAUGGCGUCUUAUUUUACAACUCUCUGAUCAUCGUCUUCCCCACUAUUUUGGCGAGUGCGCUCACCGGAGAUUUACAUAAGGCGGUCACGUUUAGGGACUGGGCCAAAGUCACUUUUGUUAUAUGUUUCCUGAUGUCCUGCUUCAUGGGGUUUGUGCUGAUGUACUCCAUUGUUCUCUGUAGCUAUUAUAACUCAGCACUUACUACCACAGUAGUCGGAGCCAUAAAGAAUGUUGCUGUAGCUUAUGUCGGCAUCUUCGUGGGUGGAGAUUAUAUUUUCUCCUGGAAGAACUUCCUUGGACUCAGCAUCUGCAUGUCAGGUGGACUCGUAUACUCAUAUCUCACCUUUGCCAACGACAAAUCCCCUGGAACUACUGUCGAAGGACCACAAGAGCUGAAAAUUGACGUUACUGAAAAUUCACCAAGAAAAUGUUGAACAGAUGUUAAAAUUCACCACUAGGUGGCAUUGUUCUGCUUCACAUUGAAGCAUGAUUCUGCACUUGUGUAAAAACAAAUUAAACCCAAAUUGGUUUUUAAGUUCAAUUCCAAAACCUUGAAUAAAUCACAAACUGUGCAUCCAA